AUGGAUUCAAUAAUUAGUGAUAAAUCAAAUACAGACAAUGAUCUUUAUUUACCACAAAGUGAUUCAUUUUGGGAAAUUGGUAAAUAUAGUCGAGUUAUAAAACGAUGUGACGAUGGAAAUAAAUUAACAACCGAUCUUAUUAGUAUGAUUAAUGAACGUGCUGAACUUGAAAAAGCAUUUUCAAAAACACUUAAAAGUUGGUCAAAAAAAUGGUCUGAUUAUGUAGCAAAAUCAUCUGAAUUUGGUUCAAUGACAUCAGCUUGGAAAGCAAUCAUGGCUGAAGCUGAUGCAACAGCUGACGUUCAUCAAAAUGUUCAUGAUGAUUUACAAAAUGAAGUUAUACCAGCAAUAAAAGGAUGGCAAAAAGGAAAAUAUGUUAAAUCAAUGAUGCAUAUCAAAUCAACAAAAGAAUACGAUGAAGAAUUUAAACGAGCUCAAAAACCAUGGGCUAAAUUAUAUGGUAAAGUUGAUAAAUAUAAACGUGAAUAUCAUGUUGCAACAAAAAAUCUUAAAACAGCUGAAACACAAGAAAAUAAUUCUAAACUUGAUGCAGCAGUUCCACAAGAACAACGUGCUAAAAUUGCUGAAAAAGUUGAACGAUGUCGUAAAGAAAAAGAUUCUGCUAAAGUUAAAUAUGCCGAAGCACUUCAAGAUCUUAAUCGAGCUAAUCCAAAAUAUAUGGAUGAUAUGAACGAUGUUUUUCACCGGUGUCAAUCAUUUGAAAAAGAUCGUCUUAUUAAAUUUCAAGAAUUUUUAGCUACUACCGAAAAAUAUCUUGAUGUUAGUAAUCGAUUAAAAUCACCAAUAUUUCAACAAUUUUCUCAAACAAUUGAAAAUUGUGAUCCAGAUAAAGAUUUAUCAUGGUGGUCGGAAACAUAUGGUGCAACAAUGAAAAUGAAUUGGCCAAUAUUCGAGGAAUCAACAAAUCUAGAUCAUCAUCAUCAUCAUCAUCAACAACAACAAUCACAACCUAAUUAUUUUUCUUAUUCUGGUGAUUUAUCAUUGGGUUAUGAUAUAUGUUAUCGACGACCAUUAGCACAGAUUGUUAGUCAAACAAAUGCUGCUGUUUUAGUUGUCGAUUCAUAUGCAACUAUUCGUCGAUCGAUGAGACGAACUGCAGCUGUUGUUACACGUAUUCGUCGAGAUCGUGCCAAGCGUGAAGAAUAUUCAGAAUCACAUCGUACACUUUCUCGUCGUGGUAAAGGUGAUAUUGAACGAGAAAAUCCAGUAGUUGUUACUGCUAUUCGUUCAAAUAAUAAUGGACCAGCAAAUUUUGCUUCACCUUCUGAUAGUCGUUUAUCAACUCACUCUAUAAAUCAAUCACCAGCGUACAGUGCACGUUCGUCUGUUUAUCCCACAUUGGAUACGACUGCUACAAGCUAUUCGAAUCCUUUCGAAGAUGAUGAAGAUGAUAAUGAUAUAUCACUAAAAGAAAAGUCAACGACUAAUCGUUCAAGUUAUAGUGGAACAACAAACAAUGGGGGUUAUCCAUCUUUAUCAACACAUCCAACUAAUGAUAAUAAAUCACCACCAUAUCCAGCAGCAGCUAAUCCAUUUUUAGAUGAUGAUGAUGUUGAUUCACCACCAUCAUCUCUUCAACGUUCAUAUCAAUCACCAAUAUCAACAGGAGUUUCAUCAGUUGAUAAUAGUGCCGGUGCACCUGUACGAGCUCUUUAUGAUUAUGAAGCACAAGAACCAGAUGAAUUAUCAUUUAAACAAGGUGAUGUAUUUACUAAAUUAGAAGAUGAAGAUGAUCAAGGUUGGUGUAAAGGACGUGUUGGCAAUCGUGUUGGUCUUUAUCCAGCUACUUAUGUUGAAGUCCUCUAA